AUGUUUGCUCUCUUUUGUUAUUUGUCCGUCCUUUGUAAGUGAUUUUAAGUUAUACUGUACUUUCAAUUUUCUUAUCUUAAACCGUUUUUAAAUUUUUAAAAAUGUUUUUGUAUGAACUUAUUUUUUUAAUGUAUAUGUGCAAAAAUAUGUACUUAUUUUAGUAUUGGUGUCUGCGAGGCCACUUGACGUCCAGAUUAACCAAAAUGGCGAUGGAAACUUUAUGGUUGGACCAGGAGAUCGUGCUCAGUUUACUCUUCUCGAAAACUACCAUCCACUAACACAGGCAUUCAACAGAGUUGACAGUAAGUUAGACAAGCGUUUAUUUGUAUUAAAAAAGGCAUGUUAUACUAUUUUCAGUCCAAGGUUAUUAUAAGUUUUGGAUUUCCCAUAAAAACGCAAUUACAGAGUAUUAUUGCACAAAACUGUCUCAUUUUUAUUUAUAAAUAGACUUCUUUCUUAUUUUAUUAUAGUGUACUACAUUAUGACAGAAUAAAGUAUUACAACAACUUUAGGAGCCAAGAUCCAUGCCUCAAAACAAUUCCAAACAAAACCGCAGCAGAUCGAAGUUAUGGCCGAAUUACCGACCGAAACAAAGUUUUUAAAGCCCGGUGAGAUCGUAGAACAGUCAGCGGAGCCUACUUCUGAAAAGCAAGGAGUUUGGAGCGAUUGGGGCAAAUGGAGCCCUUGCUCCAGAGGAGAACGCAACAGAGUCAGGCAGUGCAAUGGAGCCGGUUGCCAAGUAAGUGAAGAUUCAAAUGACAUAUCACUUAAUUAAGGGACUCGCCAGACAGAGUCAGACCUGCUUCUCGACCCAGCAAGCGGUUCCCGUAGCCGACGAUCCAUUGGUGAUUGAAAAAGAGAUUCUGGGAUAA